AUGGGUCAUAGCCCAACUAGAGUAUCUGAGUCCAUGAAUGCACGUUUGAAGAAAGAAGCAAUGGGAGAUAAGAGUCCAACUAAUGCAAUUGUACCAUCAAAUCACCAAACUAAUGUUGCUUUACAGUGCCCAAAAUUAACAGAUACAAAUUACACUUUGUGGGCAAUUUUGGUCGAAACAAUCCUACGGGCGAACGGUCUUUGGGAGGCAAUAGAUCCAGUCAUUGGAGCUACUGUGGAAGACAAGAAAAAUUACACAACUAAAGCCAUAAUUUUUCAGUCUUUGCCGGAGGAUGUUUUGCUUCUGGUCGUAAAACACAAGUAUGCAAAGGACGUGUGGGAUUCAAUCAAGGUUCGUUAUCUAGGGGCGGAUAGAGUUCAGAAAGCUCGGCUAUCAAUUUUAAGAAGCGAUUUGGAAAAGCUGAAAAUGAAGGAGAGUGAGACACUAGACGAGUAUGCGGGAAAGAUAAGCGGGAUUGAAGCGAAGUUCAAGAACUUAGGAUCAACUCUUGAAGACGCAACUAUGGUAAGAAAGUUGUUAAAUUUCGUUCCUAAGAAAUAUAUGCAGAUCGUGGCGUCUAUUGAGCAGUACUCGGAUGUCGAUACAAUGCCGUUUGAAGAGGCGGGGGGCGAUUGA